AUGGCGGCACCCAAAGCCGCGGCUCGCAGGACAGUCUGCCGUACAACAGGGCCGCCCACAGACGACAAACCGCACUCACUUCCGCCCAGCUACCGGAAGUUUUCGUUUGAAUCCGAGGCGGCAGACCCGGACGACGCCUCGGCGGUUGCAGCCAAGCCUCUUUUGAACCAAAGCGACCAGGACUGCGGGCCGGAGCAGCGGACGUCUGGGGUCCAGCCGUGCCGCCUAGUUACGAUGACCAGUGUGGUUAAGACAGUGUACAGCGUGCAGCCCCCCUCUGCGCCCGCAGAUCCACAAACUCGAGCCACUUUUAAGAGUCAAUUACCUGUUAAGUCCAAAGAAGUUGAUGUUUCCAGACAUCUUCAUUCAGGAAGUUCAGAGAAUGAUAUUACAAAAGCCACCAAACCAAGACGAGAGAAUGGGCAAAUGAAAGUUGCAGAGACUGCCAUCAAGAGGAACAUCAGAAAGGGCUACAACCCUGUGAGUAAGCAGAAGUCAGAGGAAGAGCUCAAGGAUAAGAACCAGAUUUUAGAGGCCGUCAACAAGCAGUUGCACCAGAAGUUGACUGAAACUCAGGGAGAGCUAAAGGAUCUGACUCAGAAGGUGGAGCUGCUGGAAAGGUUCCAAGACAACUGCCUGGCAAUUUUGGAGAGCAAUGGCCUCAACCCAGGGAGUGAGACCCUGGCAUUACAGCAGGAACCCACUACAGAUCACACGGACUCCAUGUUGCUGUUAGAAACUUUACAAGAUGAGCUGAAGCUUUUUAAUGAAACUGCCAAAAAGCAAAUGGAGGAGUUACAGGCCUUGAAGGUAAAGUUGAAGAUGAAAGAAGAGGAAAGGCUCCGAUUCCUGGAACAGCAGGCCUUAUGUAAUGGUCAAGUCAAUGAUUUUACACUAGCCCUGGAGGAAAUGGAGCAGCUGUUAGAAAUGUAGUAAAAGGCAAGGGGCCAGGUGGCUCCCUCGUGGGGAUGAACUGUCCAAGGAAGCCAGUUAGGAUAUCUUUUAGGCCAGGAGCUAGGAUUCACCAUCCCCAGUGAGAAAACAGUUUCUGCAGUAGGAUUAAGGACUUCCUCCUUUAAGCAAGUUUCCCACCUUCAGAUGAGUCAGCGCUCCUGAGUCUCACGUGUUGGCCUACCAGAGGGGACUGGGAAGCUUGACUCGAUGUCCUGGCAAUGCAGCAGCACACUACUGGAAUCAGGAGAGUAAGCCAGCCACAGCCAGAGGAUCCAGGAGGUCCCACUCAGAUUUGCAGGAAGAAACCCUUACUGACAGUGGACACAGGUGCUACACAGACAUCAGUGAGAGCCAUGCUGUCCCCUUCUGACUUGGAACACAUUUUGUCCCAUCCUGAUUGGACUUCUGUACUUCAUUGUAAAUUUGUGAACUUGAAGUUGCUUGAAGUUUUUUGGCUUAAUAAAUGGGGUGAAGGUAUAGAUAGUAAUAACACCUACCUGAAAUAAUACAUCUUGGAGCUUUUAAUAUAAAUCACAUUUGUUUUUUUU